AACAGCUGAUCCCGAGCAGAGCAUCAUCACAGUCCGCAAUGUCAUCCGAAGAGCUCGCACGGAAGCUGCAGCGCAGGCUGGACGCCGACACCAAUCCCGGUACACAGGACGAGGAGACGCCGGUGAAACCCGCCACUACCAUGAGCGACGACACAACCUCUGAACUGACGGAGAAACUCAACCGCAGACUGGACAUCCACGACGGCACCGCGAAACCCAAGCAGAUGAAGGUGUUCAACCCAUACACCGAGUUUAAAGAGUUCUCACGCAAACAGAUCAAAGACAUGGAGACAAUGUUUAAAAGAUUUGACUCUGGUAAAGACGGUUUCAUUGACCUGAUGGAGCUGAAGCUGAUGAUGGAGAAGCUCGGAGCUCCACAGACUCACCUUGGCCUGAAAAACAUGAUCAAGGAGGUGGAUGAAGAUUACGAUGGCAAACUCAGCUACAGAGAGUUUCUGCUGAUUUUCCGGCGGGCCGCAGCCGGUGAGCUGCAGGAGGAGAGUGGACUCAUGGCUCUGGCUCGGCUGUCAGAGAUCGACGUGUCCACUGAAGGAGUUCUGGGAGCCAGAGACUUCUUUGAGGCCAAGGCUCAGGCUCUUUCAGUGCGCAGUAAGUUCGAGGCUGAACUCCGAGAGGAACAAGAAGAGAGGAAAAGACUGGAACUGGAGCGCAAACAACGGCGAGCUGCAUUUAAAGAGCUGCAGUCCACAUUCUGUUCAUAAAGAGCUUUAUAAUUCAACAGAUACACACCUUUUACACACGCACACAGCGCUCCUAUAAUGUUCCUCACACCUUCUAUUGUAAUGAAACCGACAGCGUUAUUUGCCGCUUACAGCUGUCCUGAAAUAUGCAUGAUGAGGAAUUUGUUUCACGGCUGUGGAAAAGAAAAGGAGGAGCGAGUGUAAUUUCAGGAGACUUGUAAAAGUAGGCCUUAAACUCUAAUAGACUAGAUUACGCUUCUGUUUUAAUCAUCUAAGCAACUAUAGGCUAUAUUUUUAGAAACAAAAGAGGUUUAUUGUAAAGUCAUUCUGUGCUAAUCAUCAUUGUAAUCACAUGCAGAGUUGGUGGACUAAAUAUGACCAAUCGACAAGAUUUGAAUCGAGAAGAAUUUUUAUUUUUUAUAGAUUUUAAACACGUUUGCUUUUGUUAACAUUUUUGUUUUUUUUACAUUUUUGUCACUUAAAAAUAUGUUUGUUCAGUUUUGAUUAAUUGUAUUUGAUCUGAUGUUCAUAAAAUCUACCUGUAACUUGUUUUGCCAUUUGCAAUAAGUUCAUUAAAUCACAGUAUUUUUCAAAAUAUA